AUGGAUCCCCUUCAAGACGCUGGGCCUCCCAACUCUCAUUCUCAGUCCCACCACGACGCUGAAGAUCACAUGGCUACUACCCCCGGUGCGGGGCGCAAGCGUGUUGGCUUCACUUCAGAUGCUCCACGACCUUUCUCCACACAAUCCCCCGAUGACCAAGAUACUGGAUCUGGUGGUCAUAAUACUCCUCUCCAGAGGCCGGAUGUGACACAAGAUGACCUUUCUGCGAUGCGAGAGUCAUUGCGACUCGCAUUGGCCGAAGAGCACACUGAGUCACAGCCACCACCGACAGCAGAAGUAGUGCGUCCAGAUUUCAUCGAGCUGCCUCGCGAUGUACAAAGGCCUCGACCAGCGAUUCGAAAAGGACCCCGUACGCCUCCUGAGUUCUAUCUCAACGACAACCCGUUCGACGAUACUGCCGAAAUACUACCUUCGGCCGAGGCAGAGCUCAAGCAGCGCUCAGGGCUCGCAGCUCAACAGCGAGCUGCACGACUGUCGAAGUCUGUUGGAACUUACUCUGCACCAGUCAGUCGCCGCAACUCACGGGAGCUUGUGUCGCCCCCAGUCGAGCUUCAGGACUUGACACGAACCUACGACUUUGUUGACGAAGCCAUUGACGAAGAAGACGAUCCCCAGUUCAUGAAGCGUGCUUCUAUGCUUCUACGUCAACAUACGAUUCGUGCUGCAGAAUCAGGUCUUAUUAGUCCUGAAGACCUCUAUCAUACCGAUGCACCACUUCAAUCAGGCCAAGUGACUCCAGACAAUAUCGAGGUCGAAGACGAGCGCGUUUCACGGCCCACCAAGUACCGAACGGGAGUUCUGGGUACCCUUCUGAGAGCCAACACUGCCGCCGCGCAGGCUCCAGGUGCCGCCGGUCGAUCAUAUAAGAAUAGUCAUGCCCGUAACCUUAGCGCAAGUACUUUCAGCGGUGCAUCGACUGCCGCGAACUCCCCCAAUCCAUCACCGCCGCAGUCGGGCUACAGCACCCCGCGGGCUGCACGACCAUGGUUCCGGCAUCAGAACAACCAGUCGGGAACGUCUAUCUCGCAGCUGGUGGGAUCCUCUGCUCGUAGCUUUGCCACGCCAGCACAACAAGAUCUGGGCCAUGAGUUCGACGAACAGGUCAAGAAGACCCGUCCUGGCAUGGGCAAGCGAACAAAGUCUGACGAGUCCGUCCUCGGGUUCAAGAAAGCUAAACGACGCGACACUGAAAUCAAGAUCAAGAUCCACCUUGCUGGUACCCUCGCGCGUCAGAACUAUCUACGCAAGCUCUGCAAAGCUCUGAUGAUGUAUGGUGCACCCACACAUCGACUGGAAGAGUACCUCAACAUGUCGGCUCGCGUUUUGGAGAUUGAGGCACAGUUUCUGUACAUGCCUGGCUGCAUGAUCGUCGCAUUUGACGACUCUUCUGUUCAUACCAGCGAGGUGAAGCUCGUCCGAACUACUCAAGGUGUCGAUCUUGGCAAGCUCCGCGACGUUCACGAAAUCUACAAAGAUGUCGUACACGACCGCAUCGGUGUUGAAGAAGCUACGCCACGCUUGGAUGAGAUCAUGGGACGUAAAGCCAAGUUCAGGCGCUGGUUUCGAGUGUUCAUGUAUGGCUGCGCAUCUGCCACUGUCGGACCAUUUGCUUUCCAAGCUCGAUUCAUCGACCUUCCAUUUUGCUUCCUUCUCGGAUGUCUCAUCGGAUGGUUGCAGCUUAUUGUCGCUCCUGGUAACGACCUCAUUAGCAAUGUGUUCGAGAUCGGCGCUUCGGUCAUCACCAGCUUCGCCGCGCGCGCUCUUGGAUCCAUCAAGGGCAGCAAUGGCAAAGAGAUAUUUUGCUUCAGUGCUAUGGCGCAGUCGUCCAUUGCCCUCAUCCUACCUGGAUUCAUGGUUCUAUGCGCCUCCCUGGAACUGCAAUCUAAGCACAUUGUUGCUGGCUCUGUACGAAUGGUGUACGCGAUCAUCUAUUCCCUUUUCCUUGGCUUCGGUAUUACGAUCGGCACGGUCCUGUAUGGUAUGAUGGACAAGAACGCAACAUCCCGCACUACGUGCCAUGAUCCGAUGUCGACCAACUUCUACUAUCUCUUCGUCCCGGCGUUUGCUCUCUGCCUCAUGAUCGUCAACCAGGCCAAGUACAAGCAAAUGCCUUCCAUGACCGUCAUUGCUUUCAUCGGCUGGGUCGUCAACUUCCACAGCUCUACCUACUUCAAGAGCAACGCCCAGGUUAGCAACACGCUCGGCGCCCUCGCUAUUGGUAUCGCUGCCAACAUACAUGCACGAUUUGGCCGUCAUGUCGAGAACUGGUGUAUCAGUACAUGGGAGGACAAGCUCCGUCCUCGCCUCGUCAAGAUCCGUAAGGUCUGGCGUCGACGUAGUCAUGGUCCUCUCCGCACUCACAAGGUCGAGCGAUCCGAGUACAAUCCGACGCACAGUGGCAGCCAGCCGACAUCACGAGCCAGUUCCGUUAGCGACUUUGUUCCUCACACACGCAAGAUUGGCUAUGGUCUUGCUGCUGCAGCCAUGCUGCCCGCCAUCUUCGUCCAAGUGCCCUCUGGCCUCAGUGUCCAGGGUUCGCUCGUCUCCGGUCUUGUGUCAGCCGAUCAAAUCGUUCGUAACAGCACAGCGAACGCUACUACAAUCAGCGCUGCAGAUGUUGGCGCAAGCAGCACGAUCAAUAGCAUUGCGCUCAACGUUGGUUUCUCCGUUAUCCAGAUCGCCAUUGGUAUCACGGUGGGCUUGUUCCUAGCCGCUUUGAUCGUCUACCCCCUAGGAAAGAGGAGGAGUGGUCUUUUCAGUUUCUAA